UCGAGGCAAAGCCGACGCGAUAGGUGAAACGCCGAAUCUGUGUUACGGUCAUGGGGAGGUCACGCAAGUAGGGGGUUCUAUUCAAGCGAAGGCCGUUGUGUCCUCAACCCAUUUCCACCGUGUAAUGAAUCGCUGAGCAGCGAGUGCCUGAUGCGUGGCGGCGAUGGAGGUGGACGACGCCGACGUCGACUCGACGCUGCUGCAGCAGUUCAGCUGCAUGGGCACCACCGACCGCGAUGUGCUCAUCUCCCAGUUCUACAAGCUGGUGGGCGACGGCGCCAACGACCGCGACGCUGCCUUCUACCUGGACAUGAAUAACUGGAACCUGCAGGAGGCGGUGGGCGCCUACUUUGACCUGCAGAGUGGGCCGGUGGCGCUGCUGCCGCCGCCGUCGCUCGUGCUGCUGGAGGACGCGACGGUCGGCGGCGGCGAGAGCGUGCCGCCCGACACGGCCUUCGUCAAGACGUGGCGCAUCAAGAACGGAGGCCGCGAGCGCUGGCCACGCGGCUGCGUGCUGCGACUCGUGUACGGCAUCCAGCUAUCGGAACAGACGUCCGUGCCUCUGAGCUGCCUGGAGCCGGACCAGGUGACGGAUGUGAGCAUACCGAUGCGCUCGCCCACGGAACCGGGCAUCUACCAGAGCAAGUGGCGCGCCACCACUGUGACCGGCGCCGACUUUGGAGACGUGAUCUGGGUGAUCCUGACGGUGCAGCCGGACGGCGUGACGGCCGUGACGCAGCAGAUGACCCGGCUGGCUGAGCUGGGCACCCUACCCGGCUCCGGGCCGCCGGCCAACCCGUUCGCCGAGCCGAGCUCGCCGCCCGACGGCCGACCGGCGCCCCACCUGGCGCCGUUCCCGGGCGUCAACGCGCCCGGCAGACCGGCCGCGCCGGCUGACGACUCGUGGGCCCUUCCAAACGCCGACGCCGACAUGGACUGACGGCCGCGCUGCGGCCGGCGCCGCCGUCCUGGCCGGUGCCACUGCGGCCCUCCGAACGCGUCCAGGCGUGUGAUGUGCCCCUUGCGCGCGCCCCUCCCCCAAAAGUGACGGCCGUCCGCACCCGGGCGCCGGCCGGCCACCGCGCGGCAAGCGCGCCUCGUGUAUUUUUUACAUUGAAGUGUGGAUCGUGCUUGGCUUCUGACGCAAAGUUCUGUGGAAUGCUCUAAUUGGAUAAAUCCUGUAGUGUUGUGCUGGGUUUUGGCAGGAUCUCUUUUAGUGUUGCGCGCGUCUUUUGACAACGCUGUGUAAUCGGGUGCGCAAAACUGGCGGGAUUUGAGGUAUACCGAUAACUAUGUAUAGCUGUUACGGAUGAACUUUCACGCCGUUUGAGACUGUAACCACGCUGGUGUUGAACUCAAUAGAGGCGUUUUCAUCAUG